AACAUAUGGGAGUGUUAGAUUUCGUUGCUAUCAACCUUAAAGGAUUGGUUUGACUUUUAUUAUUUGGUUUUGGUUGUUGGGCAGCUUGGGAAUCUUGAAUUCGUGUAUUGGUCUAUCAUAUAUUUUUCAUGUUUGUGUUCAUGUCUUCUUUAAUUUGGAUGCUGUUGUGCCAUGGGAUUUCUCGUUCAUCCUAGAUUUUAAUUAUUUGCAAAACCUACUCUGAACUGUGCCUAAUACAGACAUUUUCCAUGGUUGAGCUGAGUUUUUUCUUUCUGGAAACCUAAACAGCUUAUUGCACGAGAAUUGUUAUUUUCACUUCCUCUGGUUUCUUAGCAACCAAACAUAGGGUAAAGGUUUUCACUGGUUGAUUUGUAUUCCAUUUUGAAGGCCUUUUUUAUUGUUAUUUUUUAUGAUGAUUGGUUAGAGGUUUGGGGAUUGUCUGUGGAGGAGAGAGAAUUGGAUCCAUUGGUUUGGCUCAUCAGAGAGGCACUUCCCUGUAUUUCUAUUAAAGCUUAGCUCUCUCAUUGAAUUUCAGUCUUUCUCUCCCAUUUGAUGAGCUCACUUUUCUUGACUUCAUAUUGCAUGUUUCAGUUUCUGCAUACAUCCAUUGAUUGAAGGCUAAGGUGGUUGACUGUUAAAAGACUCAUUUUUUUUUUAGUAUGGUGGAUGACCUUGGGAAGAAAUUUGUGAUGUUGUAAAGUUGUGAUGUGUUUGUUCUAGAGAUACACACCUUCAGCGUGGCAUCUAGGCAUGGGAGAUAUGCAGAUCAUGCCUGGGUCUCGCCAUCGCCCUCCUAUGAAGAGGCCCAUGUGGAUCAUUGUCUUGGUAUCAUUGGUCAGCAUGCUGCUAAUUUGUGCUUAUGUUUAUCCACCACGGAGCCAUUCUGCCUGCUACGUAUUUUCUUCUAGAGGUUGCAAGGCUUUUACUGAUUGGCUUCCACCUAUUCCUGCAAGGGAAUAUACAGAUGCAGAGAUUGCAUCUCGUGUUGUAAUUAAAGAAAUCUUGAGUAUGCCUCCUACUCAAUCAAGGAACCCGAAACUUGCUUUCAUGUUCUUAACUCGGGGUUCAUUACCUUUUGAGAUGUUGUGGGAUAAGUUCUUCCAUGGCCAUGAGGGCAGAUUUUCAGUGUAUGUGCAUGCCUCUAAGGAGAGGCCCAUACAUGUGAGCCGUUAUUUUGUCAAUCAAGACAUCCACAGUGAAAAGGUAAUAUGGGGAAAAAUUUCAAUGGUCGAUGCAGAGAAAAGGCUUUUGGCACAUGCUCUGAAAGACCCUGAUAAUCAGCAUUUUGUGUUACUUUCUGAUAGUUGUGUACCACUGUAUAAAUUUGAUCAUGUGUACAACUAUCUCAUGUACACAAAUAUAAGCUACGUUGACAGCUUUGAGGAUCCUGGUCCACAUGGAAAUGGCAGAUAUUCAGAACAUAUGUUACCGGAAAUUGAGAUGAGUGACUUUAGAAAGGGCGCACAGUGGUUUUCAAUGAAGCGGCAGCAUGCUUUGAUAGUUAUGGCUGACAAUCUUUACUACUCAAAAUUCAAGGAUUACUGUAAGCCAGGUCUUGAAGGGCGCAAUUGCAUUGCUGAUGAACACUACUUACCGACCUUUUUCCAUAUAAUUGAUCCAGGUGGCAUUGCAAACUGGUCAGUUACACAUGUUGACUGGUCUGAAGCAAAGUGGCAUCCAAAAUCAUACAGGGCUCAGGAUGUUAAUUUUGAGCUUCUGAAAAAUAUUACGUCCAUAGAUGUAAGUGUGCACGUUACGAGCGAUGAAAGGAAGGAACGGCAGGUGAGGCCUUGUCUAUGGAAUGGAAUGCAGCGGCCAUGCUACUUGUUUGCAAGGAAGUUCUACCCAGAAGCAGUAGAUAACUUGAUGUUUCUUUUCUCCAACUACCCGACUAUUUGAUUCUAAUUCUUUGGUCGGAUCAACACUUAGGCGUUCGCGUUCGACCCCCUGGCUCCAUCUCCAUUUCUGGUAUAGGUUACACUGUUGUAAAGUGCUGCAUUGCUUUCCUUAUCCUGGGGAGGAAGGGAACUGGCAAGAGUAGGAGGCUAACAAUGUGUUAGUUUAGUGUUGAUUCCCUUGGGAUGGGAUGGGAUGGGAUGGGGUGGGGUGAUUUGUUGUCUAUUUUUUUGUCCUCCAUUUUGGGCUAUUUUGUUGAUGUUGAUCAACUGCUUCCCGAACAUAAAAUUUUGGAAUUUAUUCAAGUUAAUUUCAUGUUCA